CUGAACAUGAAUAUGGAAAGGGAAGGGAAUAAAAUGAAGAGCACUAGGAGAGAAAUGGAGAAGAAGUCAGAGAUAGGUUUAGUCAUUGAAGAGCUUUCUAUGAUAGCCAUAGUUAAACCUGGUGAAAAUCAUGACUCUGCUCACAUCCCCACCAAGCUUUUCCUCUCGAUUUGUUACUUGGUUCUACAAGUUCUUGAUAAGAUUGGGCCAACAAUGGCUGUCUUGAGACAGGACGUGUACCAGAAUAUUAAGACAUUGGAACUGAUGCAGGAAUCAAAUCCCUCAUUGCACUCGAAUUUGGUUGAGAUAUUGAAGUCAGAAGCAACCGAAGGCAAUUCUUGGAAAGGGUCAAGCUGCAGUAAGGCCCUUGUUUGGCUCACUAGGACCCUGGAUUUCACCUCGCUGUUGUUACAAACACUAGCAAAUGAUCCUGAAAAGAGAAUGGAACAAAUAGUUGAAGAGGCUUAUGAUGUAACUUUAAAACCGUGGCAUGGAUGGAUUUCAUCAACUGCUUUCAGAGUGGCUCUAAAACUGGUACCUGAAAGUAAAACAUUCGUGAAUAUUCUUAAAACUGAAGAUGAAAACUAUGACACCCUAAAGGAGAAAAUGCAGAUGCUGGUUUCUCUGUUUGUGCCUUUUCUUGAGGAUAUGCAUUGUAUUCUGAGAUUGUACAACUUGGACAAGCUAAAGUCAACCUGAAGUCAAAGAGAGAAGAACCAAUGUGUAGUUUCAUGUAUUUUGGCUUUCUUACGAGAAAUUAUUAAAUGGUCCCACAUCAAUCAUGACUUCUCUUAAUCUUCAAACACUUGUUAUUAAAUAUUA